CCCAGAAUGUGUACCCACUGAAGAUUGAGGAUUUCUUUCAGAUAGAGAGGAUUGGAAAUGGAUUUGGAGGCAUGAGAAGGUCUGUUUGGGGUGUGAAAGAUAGGAUAGAAGAGGUUUCUGGGGAUUACAGAUGGAGAAGAUUAAAAGUGUGAAGAUUGGAGGAUUGAAUGCAGAUAUGAGGGUAAAGGAGCCGCUUCUAUCGAAAAGAAGAAGUUCUAACAGAAAACAGAGAUUGAAAAGAGCAUCAAAUGCCCCAUUAAGUGAACGGGAGAAACGAACUCUUCGAAUAGUAAAAAUAUUGGAAUCUCUCAAGCCUGAAGAAUUCUCUAAUUUCCUACCUAAAAAUAAAAAGAAUAAACGAGAACAAAGCUUAAAGAGUAAUAAGGAAAGCGGAAUAAACAAACUUGGACUUGCAUCUACUCCAUACAAAGAGUUCUUGAAAUAAAGAUGGAAUGUUGGUCUCAAGGAACAAGUCUGUUUACAAAGACUUCAAAAGAGAUAGGAACUGAAUUGCUAAUAGCUUCGACAAUGAGGAAAAGAAGCUAUUCUCCAAACUCAAAGAUAUCCAAAUCCAGGAUAAAGAUCUAGAGAACUCACUUCAUUAUGGAAACAAAAGUAAAAGAAUUUCACACAGGCACAGUCAGAUUCUGGACAAGAUCAUCCAAGUCUCCAACCAGAGGUAUAAUAGGCAUCUAAAGCAAAUAAAAAUUGUCCAUAUUUCUAAUACAUAG